AUGAUGAUGGCUCACAAUGUAAACAAUAUAAACACCAUGGCCCAGCAGCAAAUGAAUGAUAAUAGGGUCAGGGUUUCUGUGAGAGGGUGGCAGAAGGGUACUGUACAGGAUCUACUGAAUUUUGUGAGUAAAAAUACACGUAUAUCAAUCCAGGACGCUAACGUGGAAGGCCCGCUGCUCAUAGGGUAUGUGAAUACGCGAGACGAUGCCAACAGGCUGUUGAAAUGGAAUGGUGCCAGGUUCGCGGGCAGCAGUUUGAAGUUUGAAAUCCUCGAUCAAGGCGGGUCUACUUCCAAUACGGUGGUAUUUCUAAGAAGCUGCCUGUUCAAGAGAUAUGACGCACAGAACAAAAUGCUAAACUUGAGUGCACUACAUUCCGAUCCCGAACUUGUCUCUAAGGGUCUAUUUUCUUCUCUAUCCACACAAUCCAAGCUAUUUGCAGCCAUGUUGAAACUGGCUUCGAAGGAACCACAACUUAUAGUCGAAAGUGUAAAUUUGUCUGAUAAUCAAUUCAAAGAUGUUACCGCUGUAACGACACUAGCACAAACAUUUCCUAAGCUGAAAAACCUAUGUCUCGCCAACAACCAGAUAUCCAAAUUUAGAUCGUUGGAAAUAUGGAAGAACAAAUUCAGAGAGCUAAGAGAACUUUUAAUGACCAACAAUCCUAUUGUCAAUGAGAAUUUAUACAGAACUGAAAUGAUAAGGCUCUUCCCAAAACUGGUCAUCCUAGAUAAUGUGGUUGUGAGAGAUACCGCCAAAUUAGAUUCAAUUUACAAUUUACCAGUGAAAAUUCAGCAAUUCUUCUUCGAGAGCAAUGACUUGGGUCCAUCAUCCACAGAUUUUGUGACAAAUUUCUUGAAUGUAUGGGAUGGGGAUAGAAGCCAAUUGCUUGGCUUAUACACUCCUCAAUCACAGUUUUCUAUUUCCGUCGAUUCAACCAUUCCUCCAACUACGGUUAGGGAUGCCGAUACUGCGCCAUCUUUUGGCCAUUAUCUAUCGCAGUCACGUAAUAUUUGUAAGCUUUCCAGCGAUAAAUCAAUCAAACAAAGAUUAGCUAUGGGACCAGAAGCUAUAAAUGAGCUAUUUAAAACAAUACCAAAGACCAAGCACCAUCUCCAGGACAGAGCACAUGAUUAUUCCAUGGAAGCCCUUGCAUUCCCUGCUCUAAAUGGUUUUGUCAUCACACUACAUGGCUUUUUUGAAGAAACUGGUAAACCUGAGAGUGAUAAAAAGGGAAAUCAAACCAAUUCCAAACAUAGACGUUACAACCAUGGUCAUAGUGCGCCAAGUUCCUUCAAACUGGGAACAAAAUCAUUUGAUAGAACAUGGAUUAUUAUUCCAAUGAACAAUACAGUAAUUGUUGCAUCUGAUAUGCUGACAAUAAGAGCAUACUCUUGCGGAGCCUGGAUUCCAGACGAACAGAUAACUCCUCCAGUAAAUAGCAAUGUGGGUCAAACUCCUCCACCCGUCAAUAAUGGUCAACCUCCAGUCAUAUCUUCUGUGAACGCCACACCUUUAGGAGUACAUCAUAUGCCUCAACAGCCUCAACAGCCAAUCCAGCUUGCUCCAACGUUACAAUUACCUCCUGAUGUCCAGAUGAAUAUGAACAACAUACAACUAGAACUACUCAACAAGCUACACCUAGAAACUAAAUUGAACGCCGAAUAUACUUACAUGUUGGCCGAACAGAGUGGUUGGAAUUAUGAAAAUGCUGUGAAGAGCUUCCAAAGCAGUGUCAAUAACAUCCCAAGGGAAGCAUUUGUUCCUUUUUGA